AUCCUAUCAGAGCCCCGCAGAAAAAAAAAGAAGAAAAAAAGCUGCAACCAUCCAGAACUAGACGUCGUGUGUGUUGUUCCUCGUGUGGCGCUCAAAUGAAAGCUGAAACAUCCAUUUUGCUCGUCGACUUAAGAGACUGUGUGAGGGGAAUGAAGAUUUCCUUUCUCGGCAAACCUUUUGGGCAACACAGUCCAACCUGUGGAUAGUACACAGAGCGCGUCUGUCCAGUCCCCGCGAUCUGGGACGCUCUGCUUUCCCUAACGCUUGCUAAGCGCGUCCUUUCUUUUUCCACCGUUGGCGGCUCGGGGUGGGAUCUGCGGUUCGAGCUGAGCCUUGUGCAGGUAUUCAGUUUAUGAAUGGCACUAACAUGGAGGAAAUACCGUUUCAGAAAGUCAAAACCAGGCGGAAGAGAAGUCACUGUCCACCGGGUGUCCCCCUGACCACCAUCGCCUGCGAGGAUGAGUUCGACUGCAAGGAGCUGGAGUCUCUCUUCCAGAACUACAACCUGAAACUGGAGCAGACGUCCACGCUCAAAGCACUGGCUGUCCUCAUCUUCACGUCCGCGACGCUGGCUUUAGUGGAGCUGCUGUCCGGUUCGAGCCUCACCAUCUCCAAAGUGUCCCAUCCGGUCCACUGUGUCAUCUUCCUCUCCCUCUUCAUUGUAACUAACGUCAAGUACCUGCAAGUGACUCAGCUCCAGCAGAUCGUUAACCUGACACUUCUCUUCAGCUUCACGUUUUCCUUCCUCUGCUGCCCCUUCUCCCUGGGCGCCAUGGGACUGGAGCCCCCGACGUCCCCGGAGCAGGGCGUGUGGCAGCUCAUCCUGGUCACCUUCGUCGCCUACGCGCUCCUGCCGGUGAGGACGCUCCUGGCCGUCGUGUUUGGAGUAAUGGUCUCCAUCUCCCAUCUGAUUGUGACUGCCACUUCUGUCACGGUGAAAACUCAAAAACUGUGGAGAACGCUGGUUGCAAACACGGUGCUGUUCACUAGUGUCAACCUGUCAGGGCUGUUUGUUCGCAUCCUGACUGAGCGAGCCCAGAGAAAAGCCUUCCUUCAGGCCCGCAACUGCAUUGAAGAACGGCUCCGAAUGGAAGACGAGAACGAGAAACAGGAGCGCCUGCUAAUGAGUCUGUUGCCCAGGAACGUAGCUAUGGAGAUGAAAGAGGAUUUCCUGAAGCCCCCUGAAAGGAUCUUUCACAAAAUCUACAUCCAGCGUCAUGACAAUGUCAGCAUUCUUUUUGCAGACAUAGUUGGUUUCACCAGCCUGGCCUCUCAGUGCACAGCUCAGGAACUGGUUAAGCUGCUAAAUGAGCUGUUUGGAAAGUUUGAUGAGCUUGCCACGGAGAACCACUGUCGCAGGAUUAAGAUACUGGGGGAUUGUUACUACUGUGUGUCAGGGCUGACUCAACCCAAGACUGACCAUGCUCACUGCUGUGUUGAAAUGGGUUUGGACAUGAUCGACACUAUAACGUCAGUUGCAGAGGCAACAGAAGUCAACCUUAACAUGCGUGUGGGUCUGCACACUGGCCGAGUGCUGUGCGGAGUGCUUGGGCUAAGGAAAUGGCAGUAUGACGUCUGGUCAAAUGAUGUGACGCUGGCCAAUGUGAUGGAAGCUGGAGGACUACCAGGAAAAGUUCACAUCACCAGAUCAACACUUGAGUGCCUAAAUGGAGACUAUGAGGUAGAGCCUGGAAAUGGCCAUGAAAGGAACGCCUUUCUCCAGAAGCAUGAAAUAGAAACUUUCUUUAUUGUGCCAUCUCACCGACGGAAGAUAUUUCCAGGAUUGAUUCUUUCGGAUAUAAAGCCUGCCAAAAAGAUGAAGUUCAAAACCGUUUGCUACUUACUGGUGCAACUCAUGCACUGCAGGAAGAUGUUCAAGGCUGAGAUUCCGUUCUCCAACGUCAUGAACUGUGAGGAUGGCGAUAAGCGGAGGGCCAUGCGAACAGCUCCACAAAAGCUGAGGAACCGCACCAAUGCUAACCAGGCUAACUUGAUCCAGAGCAGUCCUAGAACCAGAGUCAACCGCUACAUUGGCCGGCUGAUCGAGGCCCGCCAAACGGAGUCCGACACAGCAGACCUCAACUUUCUCACACUCAUGUAUAAGUGCUCUGAGCGGGAGCAGAGGUACCACCAGGUUCCUGAUGAGUACUUCACCAGCGCAGUGGUUCUAUCUCUGAUCCUAGCGGCCUUGUUUGGAAUUGUCUAUCUUCUCAUCAUACCACAGGGCACAGUUGUACUUGUCCUUCUCGUCUUCUGCAUCUGUUUCCUUGUAGCUUGUAUUAUGUACCUGCAUAUCACGAGAGUACAGUGUUUUCCGGGGUGCCUGACCAUUCAGAUUCGAACUGCUCUCUGUCUUCUUAUAGUGCUUUUAAUUUACGCUGUGGCCCAGGCUUGUGUUGUGGGUUGUAUGCCCUGGAUGUGGGGAAGUGCCAAUACAAACAGUUCCAUCAUCAUCAUUGAUGUGGACAGGGGAGCCAACCGGACCAUGGCCGAGCUGCCCUGUGAUGGGGCCCGCUAUGCUUUUCUUUCCUGUGUAGUGGGCACCCUCACAUUAGCGCUUUUCCUGCGAGUAUCCUGGUUGCCAAAGAUGGCGUUGAUGCUCCUUUUGGGAGUGCUGUACAUCACUGUGCUGGAGCUCAGUGGCUUUCGCAAGACUGCGGGUGGGGGGUCUUUCCACAUCCGGGGUUAUGAGCCCAUCCUGUCUCUGUUGCUCUUUGUCAGUGCCCUGGCCCUCCACUCCAGACAACUUGACCUCAAGCUGCGCUUGGACUUCCUUUGGGCUGUACAGGCGGAGGAGGAACGAGAUGGGAUGGAGAAAGUAAAGCUGGACAACAGGAGGAUUCUCUUCAAUCUACUGCCUGCCCAUGUGGCUCAACACUUCUUAAUGUCAAACCCCAGAAACAUGGUGAGCCAUGCUAAUAAACAGCCAUGCAGGCAGACUGACCAACAGGACCUGUACUACCAGUCCUACGCCCAAGUUGGUGUCCUGUUCGCCUCAAUUCCAAACUUUAAUGAUUUCUACAUUGAACUGGAUGGCAACAACAUGGGAGUGGAGUGCCUGAGGCUGCUAAAUGAAAUCAUUGCUGACUUUGAUGAGCUUAUGGACAAGGAGUGCUAUAAAGACAUCGAGAAAAUCAAAACUAUUGGCAGUACAUACAUGGCAGCUGUUGGGCUUGUCCCCACCAUUGGCACCAAGGCCAAAAAAUCGGUUUAUGACCAUUUGAGCACAAUCGCAGAUUACGCCAUAGAAAUGUUUGACGUGUUGGAUGAAAUCAACUACCAAUCGUACAAUGAAUUUGUCCUCAGAGUGGGUAUCAAUGUUGGGCCAGUAGUUGCUGGGGUGAUUGGAGCACGGCGACCACAGUAUGACAUCUGGGGUAAUACAGUGAACGUGGCCAGUCGGAUGGACAGCACGGGUGUACCAGGAAAAAUUCAGGUGACCGAGGAGGUAUAUCGUAUGCUGAAUAGCAACUAUGAUUUAGUCUGCCGUGGUAAAGUCAGUGUAAAAGGUAAAGGUGAGAUGCUGACAUACUUUCUUGAAGGUAAAGUGCAGGGCAUUGGCACUGCAAUCACUUCAUCGGUGAUGCGUUCCACCAGCCUGGCACGCCGCAUCCAUUCCUGUGGCAAGACAAGCGUGCCGACCCAUCUGGGCAGCGUCUCCUCCGCUGCCAGCCUGGCUGCUCAAGCCAGCAUGGGUGGCAACAUUAGCAACAGCCAAGCAACAUGCCUCCCCUCACCCUGCGUGCUAGGUGAAAUGGAAGAUGAAGACAAUGUAGAGGUGACAGAGAUUCAAAUCGAGGCUGUGGCAGCCAUUGCGGAUGUAGCAGUGUAGGAGGAACAACAGGACAGUUUCAAAUGCAGCAGGAAAACCUGGAGAAAUCAGGGCUGUCCACGGAUUUCUCAUACAUCCGAGGAUCCUGACAUAACCCAAGAUGUUUUCGGUCAAGAUAACGUGCUGAAGUAUUCUAAAACUGACAAUCAAACUUGCUUUCAGAGAUUUGCUUAACUGAUUGCCUCUAUUCAGAGUUGAGAUGGGAAGGGAAGAAAGAUGCACCCAACUGCUCAACUUUCUAUGAACAUCGCUAUACCAGAUGAUUAGAUUUGUGGUGUUCUCGGGUUCCUGUGCAGGUAUAUCCAGGUAAUGUGUGCAAACUUGUUUUAUAUGAAGUACAUAUUCCCAUGUACAAGGAAUGUGAAUUGAUACCCAGAAAAAGACUGAUCAUGCAUUUGCUUUUGCACUGUCUUUCUGAUUAUGCCAAGGAUAUAUUGCAUUAUUUACAGACAAGUUUAUUUAUACUUUGGUGUAUGAAGGCAUGCAUGUUUAUAAUUAUAAGUGUGUGUAUGCAUGUGUGUUCAGUUUGAAAUUGUAACAAAACAGCACAAAAUCCUUUUUGUACUCACCUUUCACCGGAUGAAGCUGGCUUUUUAUGAAAUAUGGCAGUUUAUCUUAGUGCAUGAUUUUUUAAAAAAUGUCAAGAGCCAUAAGUGACGAUACUCUGCUCGAGAGGAAAAACCAAAGUAAUGAUAUUAAGUUUUAUUGACAGAGAUGGGAUCUUGCACUUGUUACUUUCAAACAUUAUUAACCAAUUUAAAAAGUGUCUUGUCUUGAUAUCACCUGGAUUCAGAGUAUCACGUAUGGAAACAGCAUACACUGAUAGGGGCUGUUUUCACGGUCGGUAUGCACUAAAAGAGCUAGGAGGAGUAAAAAAGACUACACAAAGUCUUUUUUGGUUUUAAAGGUUAGUUGAAUGUUGAAUGUGUGCUGCCACAGAAACCAGUUCAUGCCAAAAUGAGAAGCUUCACUAAAAUAUCACUUCACAGAACACCAAUUAACACACAUGAACGUACAGUGCCUUGAAAAUUUAUUCAUACCACUUGAACAUUUCCGUAUUUUGUCACAUUACAGCCACAUACUUUAAUGGAUUUUAAAUAAGAUUUUUAUGUGAAAGACCAAAUCAAAAAGUAGAGCAUCGCUCUGAAGUGGAGUAAAAAAAAUAAUUUCAGUUCAUUUAUAUAGCAUCAAUCACAGCAACAAUACUAGUUUUACGUUCCUUCUAAGACACAUCUGUGGAGUUCACCACUAAAAGCUGUUCUGUCAACAGUAUCUCCCACCUAAGCUGUGGAUCUCUGCAGCCCAUUAAGACUCAGCUUGGCUUUUUUGUUUCUUCUGAAUAAUCUUCUUGCACAUCUUUCAAUUCAGAUAGAUGACAGAAGCUUGGCCUCUUUUGUUAUAUCGUAUUCUUUCCCAUUUUUGGCAGAUGGACUGAGAAGAUGUUCAAAGUUUGGAAUAUUUGUUCUAAAAUCUAGCCUUUCUUUAAAUUUUCCCACAACUUUAUUACUGGUUUUUCUACUGUUUGUUGGUUUCUGCUUGCCCACUAAUGCUCACAAACAAACCUCUAAUGCUUAUCAGUAAUGCCCUACUUUGCGAUGGUCUAGAAAUUCCUAAAAAAUGAACAUUGAUGUUUGUGAUUGUUAUAUGAGAAAAUGUGAAAAUCCAAGGGGUAGAGCUACUUUAACAAGGCACUGUAGACUAAUGGGAUAAGGAUGGCAUUCAUCCAUACAGAAGGGAGCACUUACAUGGUAAUAAGCACACCACUUCUAUAAAUGCAUGACCUUUAAGUGUUUUAAAUCCUUAGUCUGUGUACAUUACCUUAUUUUUCUUGAGGCUGCAGAAACUUCGGUGCCGUGUCUAUAGCUGCUAAUGUUUUUUUCUUCAGGCUUAUACAUUAUUGUACAACUGCUUUUCAGUAUAAUCAAGCUAGAGUUUAAGAAUAACAUUGAACACAUAUCUCUCAGAUGCAGUUUCAUAAAUAUGAGGCAUGUCAGAUAUCUUUAUAGCCUGUAUCUUUAAGUGCAUAGACAUCUUCACUUGAUAUGGAAAAGUGUGAUUACAUCACGUUUCAAGUUUUUUGCCUUACUCAAUAAGCUUACAGUGAUUGCAACUUGCCUUUUUAGAUUUAUUCACUUUGAUAUGCAGAUCAUAAUCUUUUUUUCUUUUUUUUUUGUAAAUAGCCAAAACCUGUAAACUAUGUUGUAUCUUGUACAGUGUAAAGUUAUUGAAUAUUUUGUAAUAAAGACAAUAUUGGUGCAUAAAAUAGGAAAGUGCUUUGUGAAUUUUAAGAAAUGAAUUAACUUCUGUCUGAUUGUAUAAAAUGGAAACGUUUUGACCAGCAGUGUAAAGGAGGACCUUUUUUAUUUUUUAAGGUGCAGUUUGUGUUACUCAAUAGUUUUCUCCCUGAAACAACCAAACGACAUGCAGUGAACAAACAGCUUUGUGUGUGGAUCUUUCCUUGUUAGUCACACUCAACAGAUUUUUAUGCUACACAUUCUAUUCUCUUCACGUAAUUGGUUUUAAAAUAACAGUUGUUGGCUUAUGCAGCUGAAUCCACGAGACAAUAAAUGUUUUGUGGGAGCACCUUGGAAAGCUAGGAGCCAGAUGAAUAUCAUCACGUCUUGAACUCUGGGCAGCAGCCAAAAAUUGUUUUCCCAGCACUGAUGCAGAGUUUGUGUAGAGUUCACUCAGUGUAACAGUUAAGUCAACAAACACAUAUCUUGUGCAAUAUUUGACAGAUAGUACAGCAUGGGAGUUGUUAUUGGUCUUUAGAGGAAUUUUACUAAUUCUGGUCAGUUGUCAAUGACCUGUAGACCGCUCUGCAGAGGUCUUAGCAUGAAACACUAAAAAUUACAACAGUUAAAGCAAAUUAUGAAUAACUUGGAGGAAACAAAAUGAAGAACAACACAUGCUAAAUAUAGGAUAAAUAAGGCACAGCAUUUUUUGUUGUUUUAUGAGUCCAUUGUGAUCACACUUUAAGACAAAAUAAAAAAAAAAAAAAUCUUCAAGACAAAAAUAAUUAAAUUACCUUCUUACAAUAAAUUACAGACAGAAACGGACCUGGAAGGAUAGAACACGACAGGGCUGGGUUUGGGUUUUGACACCAUACUAUGGAUGACUGACACUAAUUAUUAAUAUAAAUACAACUAUGUGUGUGUUUUUUUUAAUAACCCAUAAAAUGGAUUAUUGGAUCGAAUCAAUUAUUUUUAACCUUCUGGCAGAGAUGGGGUCAUCAAGACCCAUGUAGGAUUUUUACUCUGUGUGUGUUCUGGCGGUGUGGCACUGACCCUGUGUGCACUUUUCAUGUGGUUUCAGAAACUGAUGAUCUGACGGGACAACCCCCCUGCUUUACCUUUGAUAAAUAAUAAUUUCCCACAAUGUCCAUAUCUUUUGAAGCACUGUAAAUGGAAAGUAUAUGUCUCAACCACAAAUUUACUAAUACAUGUUUUUUUUUUUUGUGACAAGACAAGCUUCAGCCAGAGAUGCAAAGGCCUACGGUUACUCUGGAAGAGCUGCAGCGGUCCAUUGCUCAGCUGGAAGACUCAAAAAAUUAUUCUGCUUCAAAACAGAAGCUUCUGAUAAUAGAACCACAGUGGAAAUCCUUGCUGAAAUUAAAACAAAAAGACAAAAAUGAGGAUAUGUGAUUCAAGGUAUGUCAAGCAGAGCGUGUGACAUUGUCUCAAAAGCAAACAAUGAAAACUAAUUUUAUUUGUAUAAAACCAAAACUUGUGACAGUUUUUAAAUGUACUGUUGUGAAAGCUGGAGGAUUCGUGUAGUUUUUACAUGGCAGAGACCUGCUUUAGUUGUUAGAAUAUUUCAACAAUUGCUUCUGUUGGAUUUUUCUUUGUUGGAGAGAUCUCCCGUCUCGUUAACUACCCACACCUGAUUGCAAUAAUUAGCUAACAAAAAGAAACUUUCAAUCCUCAUAUUGAUCAACUGGCUGCAGGGAUACUGCAAAACAAAAGUUUUGCCUUCUCGUGCAGAAGAGAAAACAAGCAUUCAGAGAGCUGGUUGCUUGUUGUUCUGUGUUUUUAGCAUAACAUGAUGCAGAAAAUAGAAAAGGUGCAAUUCCUGGAGCCAAUUCAAGAGGAGUCAGAGCAGGAGGACGAAACUGUGGGAAGAAAAGAAAAGGAGGUGGAAAAAGAUGAGUUACCAUUUCAAGUGGGUGUAGAGACAGAGGAGGCCCUGGCAGAAAAUGAAAGGGAAGAAGAUGAUGUUCCACUGAUGGUUCGGAGACCAGGGAGGCGUUCUGGUUCUCGGAAAUGGGAGAGUUUGAUUCAGAUACAAUUCAACGAACAGACGAAAGAAACUGAAACCUCUUCAGUGUUGGAUGCAAGCACUCAUUCUGCUGAUCUAUGCGAAGAAGCUGCACCUCUGCCAGUGUUUGGGUAUGAGAGGAGAUUGAGUAGUAAGAGGCUGAGAUUGAAGGCGAGAUAAACCAAGCUCUUUAUAUUUGUGACCUUUGACGUCUUUCAUUUGUAAAGAUUUGUUUAUCUUUCCAAUGUUUUCUUUAAAGGUCUCCAAAACUAUGUGGCAAAAAUGUACAAAAUCACCUCAGCCAAAGAAGAGAAAGACUUUAAGAUACAAAGAGGUGCAGGUAUUAGAAUUUAUUUCUCAAGAUUUUUAUGAUGCUUAAAGUAUCUUUCCUUGUGACAUUCCUAUCUUAUUUUAUUUAAAGCAGGAGCCUUUUCCUCAGUGGCUUGUGAACCUGAUGGUCGACAUUGACGAGGCAACAGCUCAUCAACUGGUGGUUGAGUAACAUUUGACUUGUGAGAAAUAUGACUGCUUAAUGCAGAGUACAAUUUUCAGCUAAGUUUCCCUGUUAGGAUUGCUUCUGCUGGACUGUAAAUUUAGUUUGUGACAUGUAAGCUCUUAAGUUUGAUUUUUGUUUGGCACCAUCAGGCACCUUGUUAGUGUUGUAGUUUGCCAGCCAAUUAAUUAUUAAAAUGUUGUAAGUAUCAACAGAUACUGAUUUAAUUGCUACAUUUACUGUGCCUCAUUUAUGUUGUAUUCUUUUUGGGACAAAUGCGUAAUGGUCAGAACACACGGAGUACCUUGUGAUGACUUAUAGAGACCUAAACAAUAUUGGAAUACCUUUUCAAAAACCCACAAUUGGACCAAGUCUAAAAGGGAAUAGUGGGUAAAUUGCAGGUUUGUAAAGGUCAAACACUUAGAUUAGGUAAAAGCUUUUUUGGUAAUUAUACCCAUUUCUAUUUAAGAAAAAUAUCAACAAACUUCCUUGUAUUUUUUUUUUUUUUUUUUGAGGGGGGCGGGUUAUUUUAUGUGGUGAUAAUGCAAAGAAUGAAGGGGGAAGGAAGAUGAUACAUGACUGUCUAAAUGUUUUAAAGAUGGAAUCUGAAAAGUAUGGCCUU